UUAAGGGGUCAUUUCUCAAAAAAAUCUUCCGGGGGACGAUCCCCCGGACCGCCCUAGUAUGGUUUGGUCACCAUUUCCAUAGUACCAGCCGCCACUGUCUAUAUGUGAAUGGAAUGGCUCUUUUUAAAAGGGUUAAAAUUCAUGAAGUCACAUUUUUAAGAUUUGCCCUGAUGGUUGAGAGCUUAAGAUAUGGACCAUGAAGCACACUGUUACAGAUCUCUGUUAUUUCUUCUGUCUCCUUACAUUUAAGCAAUCACCUCUGGACUUUAGAAUAAAAGUAAAGCAUUUUAAAAAGAAGAACAAAUACAAUAAAUAAAUAAACUAUACCCUGUAAAGUGGUGCUGUUAAAUUCCACUUCCACUUAAUAUAUUCUUAAUACACCUCAGUGUUUAACAACUCUAACAUAUAUAAGGCCAUCUGAGGUAGUUUGAAACAAACUGUGCACUACCUAGGCCAACUUUCUUAUUGUCCAUUUACACAUUAUUUGAUGAUACUCCAUUUUAAAAGAUUUGGCAACAUUUUGUACUAUGUUCCAUUCACAGACUUACUCUGCCAACCAUCACACUCCUUUACCUGCUGAUCUCCACCUGCUGUCUGUCCAAAUAACAGCGGCCUGUGGGUUUCCAGGGUUCAGUGCUCAGGCUGGAAUCCUCAACUACUACCGCCAUGACUCGUCACUAGGAAUCCAUGUGGAUGAAUCAGAACUGGAUCACAGCCGGCCGCUGCUGUCCUUCAGUUUCGGGCAAUCAGCGAUCUUCCUCCUGGGAGGCGUCCGCAGAGAGGACCCCCCCACUGCUAUGUACAUGCACAGUGGGGAUGUGAUGGUGAUGUCGGGACAGAGCCGCCUCUUUUACCAUGCUGUCCCACGUAUCAUUCCAGGCCCCCAGGGACAAACAGCUUUAGCGAUGGAGGGCUGCUGCAUGGCCUUCUUCUCGCAGGACAGCACUCUGGGGGGGGUGCUGUCAGAGGAGGACUGGGCGUUGUGCACCAGGUAUAUCCAGAGCUCCAGGCUGAAUGUGACUGUGAGACAGGUGCUGGGACCGGGGCAGAGAUUACCAGAAACACCCUCUCCUCCACAAAAGACUGAUGCAAGCCAAGUGGGGGGGGUACCAGGACAGACAAGCCAAUGGAGAAAGGAGGAGGAGUCGUCGCUGUGACCCUGUUGAGACUUCAGAGACACAGACCCUGCUGUAAAAUGGAGACAUCUGAUACCAGAGGCCCUGUUCAGCCAGGCAGUAGCAUCAGAUUCUAGUUUAUUGCCAGGUACGUUUACUCAUAUAAAUAAUGUAGACAUAUGCACCCCAGGGUUCCAAUGCAUUUUCAGUGUGACUGAAUGCAUUUACUCCUGUACCUUUAGCUGUCCACUUGUAAUUGGAACACCCAAUAUGAUCCUCUGAAUCUUCCAAUAGGAAGUCUGACUUUAAGGACAUCUUAUCAUAGCAUCAUAUCGAGCUACCUGGUCAAUGAACAAAAUCCAUGAUAAUGCAUAAAAAGACAGAUGGUAAUUUGAUCAUAUGAGAUUGACCACAUUCUGAGGUGCUCAUACACAUUUUGAUCAUAUGUCAGCCACCUGCCUCGCCUCUUCCUGCUAACUCAAGAAUGCCUGGCAAAUCUUACAAAUACCAGUAGUAAGAAAGUCUUCACCAGGGAAAUCAAAGUCUUCCAUCCUUGGCAUUGCUUUUCUUGACCUUGCACGCACCAUGUCUACUGUAUUAAUAAGGUGCGAAAAAGCUUGUUCCCUGUUCAUGUACAUUUUGUCUCUGUUUUAUUUCACUCAUCCAACCUAAAUAAAAUUGUCACACUAUAAGAAGUCAUCAACCUUGCCUUCAUACC